UGUUGAUAUUAUGUUUACAUUCUUGUAUUUGUUACAGCCUGUGAAGAAUAAGUCUCCUUCUUCUGCUGUUAAGAAAAAAGCUUCUCUUCAGUCACCUAAAUCUGAAGUAGUUAUUGGUGAUCCCAGUCAGAUGUGGUCUCCCCGAUGGAAUCAUACUCAAUAUUCUUCUACAAGGGUUGAUCACUGUAUGAAGCAGAAAGUUGUGGAUAAUUUGAAAAGGAAUUUGUCUGAGGAGCAACUUAAACUGUUUAAGGAGACUUCUUUUGGUUUUGUUUUGGAUUUGCCUGCUUUUAGUUUGCAUGGUCAAGUGAUACACUCUCUCCUGUCAAGACAGCUUAAUCAUCCGCAACGAGACGAACUUUGGAUUGGUGUUAACAAUUUAAGAAUUAGAUUCAGCAUAGAGGAAUUUGCUGUGCUAACUGGUCUGAAUUGUGUUGGGGAAAUUCAGAAGAUUGUUGAUGUUGAUAAGACUAAUUCUUUGGUCGAGAAGUAUUUUGUUGGCGUAUCCAAGUUGAACAGACAGUCCGUUACAGAGUGCUUUUUGUCUAAGCGAUGGGAGUCGGACGAAGAUGCUGUUAAAAUUGCUUUUUUAUAUGUGUUAGAAAUAUAUUUUCUGUCUGCUGUUGAUGUUACUUUGGUGGAGCGGCACCAUUUAGACAUUAUUGAUUCCGGGGACUAUAACUCAUACCCGUGGGGUAAAGAAGUUUUUGCUGUCACUCUUAGGUCGUUUAAGAGCAAACAUAUUUGCCAAAAGCAAGAAUAUGGUUAUUACAGAGUGGUUGGCUUUCCUAUUGUCCUGCAAUAUCUGUUUUAUGAGUGCUUCCCGACUUCAGAUGGUGUUAUUUCUACGAAGCUUGGCAGCUAUAUUCCAAGAUGCUUGAACUGGAGUGUUGGCAAAUCUGUGAAUUUGAGUGUGUUGGACACUGAGUUUUUCAGUUUAGGGUCCAAGCUGGAGUAUACAAGGAUUAUACCUACCAUUGAUGAAAGGAAUAGCUUAAUGUUGGAUGGCUUUUUUGGAAUACAGAAGAAGCAAGCUGCUUCUGAUAGAAGACAAAGUGUUAAUGCUGUAGCUGAUGAUUUAAUUGACACAAAUGCUGUAAAUCCUAGUCAAUCAACAGGAAAUCAACAUAAUCUUAACACUGUUUUUGAGAAGGUCUGUAACCUUGAGAAGCAAAUUAUGAGUAUGAAAUCUGAGCAGAAUCAUGUUAAGAAGCAAAUGGAAGAUUAUCAUGUUGAUUUGAAAAAGGACAUUUCAGAAGUUGGUGCUGCUCUUAACAGUUUUGUGAUAAAGAUGAACCAAUUUUUUGAGAAAUCAGCUGAUGUUGCGCAUGAGAGUGAUAAAGAGCGUCGAAAGGACGAUAAUGAAGUCUUACCGCAUAGAGUUGAUGGUAAAGAUAAUGGUGAUAAAGAAAAGCAAGAAGUGUCUGAUAAAUCUGCGUUUGUUGAUAAUCAGAUAUCAAUGGAGGAUUCAGAUGUCGUUUUUACUGAUUCUGAAUUGGCUAGACUUGACGAGCAACUUGUUUCUAUAUAUAGUACUCGUGAGGCUGAUGCAUUGUUAUCAAGUCAAGCAGCUUCUCAACCUGUUGUGAAUGUAGCUUCAUUUGAAGAUUAUCCGUGCCCUUUUAUGGAUAAUGAGUAUAGCUUGCUAGAUGCUUAUAAAGAUUGUGAAAUCUUUAAUUGGGUUGAACAAGGAUUUAAUAAGAAGCUUCGAAUUUUUACCGGUAGAUAUGGUGUAAUUGAUCCUCCUUUUAAGUUUGCUGGCGAACUACAAGCGAAGAAGAAAUGGCUGCAUACAUUAAAUUUUGUGGGCUGUGAACUCUCUACAUCUCAUGUUGAUACUGUCUUCCACUAUUUGAGAAAGAAGAGUGUAUUGUUGAAUAUCCGGAAGCCAAAUUUUACAACUGCAGACUCUAGUUUUGGUCAGAUUUUGGAGGCAGAAUAUCGAUCUUUUCUUGCUGCCGGUUCGAAGUCUAUUGAAAUUAACGCCAGUAAUACGAUUCUUGAAUAUUACGUGGGUCAAGGGUGUGGAUACUCAAAGCCAUGGACUGAAAUCGAUGAUCUUCUCAUUCCUAUCAUUGUUACAGAUCCAAAUCAUUGGAUUCUCGCGCGUGUUAACUUUGAAGAUUGUAAGGUUUAUGUUUACAAUUCGAUGAAGAGUCCGACGAUGGAUGCCAUUGUUCACAAUUAUAUGCAAGCUUACAUCCAUUAUCUUCCCAAAUUUCUGAAGAACAUGGACUUUUAUUCAACGAGGACUAGUUCUAGUUCAUUUGCUCUUACUUCAAGUUUGGACAGCAGAUACGAGUCAUUUUCAUAUGAAAAUGUUCCCUAUAUGCCAGUUCAAAGUGACAGCGAUUGUGGUGCGUUUGUCUGUUUAUUUGCGGAGCAUUUCAUAAGUUCUAAGAGAAUUCCUUCUACAUUUUCAUUAAUGGAAAUGGAAACGUACCGUAAUAGGCUUGUUCAAAGCUUGAUUAAGUAUGGGAGGUGGAAGCAAAGUGUGAAUCUUGUAAGUGAUGGUGAAGAAGAAGCAGGACCUCGAAAAGAUUUGAAUGCAAUGUUGAUGAUAUACUGUGUGGUUGUACGUGUUGACGUACGUUUCCUUCAUGUAGUAUUUGGAACAAUAGAGCAAAGGAUCCUUGUUGUAUUUCCUUAUAACAGCAACUGCAUGUGCGCAAGGAAUUCUAUCUGUUUGAAACCUUCUGCAGCAACAUGUUCCUGUUUCCAAAUUAACCGAGAAGGGUGUUUUUGUUUUAGUCACAGUAUAUAUAUUGUCAUUCGCUGGGCUGACCUGAUAACAAAGAAUUCAGUUAAAAAAUCAACACAUGAUUUGAUAGAUCAACAAUAUAUUAACAACAAGUCAACAACAUAUUAA